ACUUCAACGCCAAUUGAAGUAGCCUGGAGGCAAAGUUUGUGUCUGCUCCGCAAACAACAGGUUAAGGCAGCUAACUAACUAAUCCCGGGAGAUAACCGUCGGCUAAUCUGUUUGCUAAUCUUUCACACCUCUGUGGCUCACCGUGGAGGAGGACGAAGAGGAGGAGGAGAAGGAGGAGGAGGAGGAGGGGGAGUGUUUUCUACUCCCGCAAGUUCUUUUCAGAGACUCCUGGUUGGACUUUCACAAUGAAAACCAACUUUGACGCAAACUCCGUACACUCUCCACCUGGACUUCUCCUCAAAGUACGAACCUGAAGUAGCGAAACGGGACCGCGACGAGGCUCAAACUAGCUCCUUGGGACGCUCGGGGCAUGAGACCUCGACCUAACUUUGCGACACGAUGGCAGCUUGCGGAAGAAGGAACAGACCCAAGCUGCUCGCUUUUCUCUUCGGUGCCACUCUGGUGGGAUAUCUGAUAUUUGUCGGGCUGAACUCCGGGGACGUGGGCGCUGCUGGUCGACGGGAAGCCCCCGGAGGAGAGGUGGACAACGAGCUGCUCAAGAAGCCCGUCUACGAGAGGCCCCCCUUGGAUCUCAACGUCCUGGGAGAAAUGGGCAAAGCUGUGAAGCUGAAGCUGAACGAGGAGGAGAGGAGGGAGCAAGAGGAGAGUCUCAAGAAGCACCAGAUUAACGUUUAUGUCAGUGAUAAAGUGUCGCUCCACCGCAGGCUGCCGGAGAGAUGGCACCCGCUCUGCAGAGAGCUGAAGUACGACUACAGGUCUCUGCCGACGACCUCCGUGGUGAUCGCCUUCUACAACGAGGCCUGGUCCACCCUGCUGAGGACGGUCCACAGCGUGCUGGAGACUUCCCCUGACAUCCUGUUGAAAGAGGUGGUGCUGGUGGAUGACUACAGUGACAGAGCUCAUCUGAAGGAGCCGCUGGAGAGGUACAUCGCAGAUUUGAAGAAGGUGCGUCUGAUCCGCGCCACAAAGAGGGAGGGGCUGGUGCGGGCCCGGUUGCUAGGGGCGUCCAUUACCACAGGUGACGUCCUGACCUUCCUGGAUUGCCACUGCGAGUGUCAUGAGGGCUGGUUAGAGCCCCUGCUUCAAAGGAUCAAAGAGGAGCCGACAGCUGUAGUGUGUCCUGUCAUCGAUGUGAUUGACUGGAACACCUUCCAGUAUUUAGGCAACUCUGCAGAACCUCAAAUUGGAGGGUUUGAUUGGCGGUUGGUCUUCACCUGGCAUACUGUCCCAGAGUACGAGCAGAAACGCCGUAGCUCGCCCACCGACGUGAUCAGGUCUCCUACGAUGGCAGGGGGUCUGUUUUCUGUGGGCAGGAAUUACUUCCAUUACCUUGGGACAUAUGACACAGGGAUGGAGGUGUGGGGAGGAGAGAACCUAGAAUUCUCUUUUAGGAUUUGGCAAUGUGGAGGCAGCCUGGAGAUCCACCCAUGCUCCCAUGUGGGUCAUGUGUUCCCAAAAAAGGCCCCUUACUCACGAAGCAAAGCGUUGGCAAACAGCGUGAGAGCAGCUGAGGUCUGGAUGGAUGAAUACAAGGAGAUGUACUACCAUCGAAACCCCCACGCACGACUGGAGGCAUUUGGAGACGUGACAGAGCGGAGGAUGCUUAGAGAGAAGCUGGGCUGUAAAAACUUCAGGUGGUAUCUAGACAACAUUUACCCUGAUAUUCACAUCCCACAGGAUCGACCAGGCAUGUUUGGAAUGCUAAAGAACCGGGGCAAGACCAACUACUGUUUCGACUACAACCCUGCAGAUGAACACAAGAUGGUGGGCCAAAGGGUCAUCCUCUACCCGUGUCACGGCAUGGGCCAGAACCAGUUUUUUGAAUACUCUUCACAUGGGGAGAUCCGGUAUAACACAAGGGAACCUGCUGGAUGCAUUGCGGGCGAUAGCGUCAGUACCUACCUGACUGUCCAGCUGUGCUCAAAACAAGGAAAGUCUGUACCAGUGGACCAGAAAUUUGUCUUCGACAAGGAAGGGAGACUUCUCCAUGUCAUGAGCCAGAAGUGUGUUCAUGCGCUAGACAAGACAGACAACGGGACACCAGCCCCCUCACUCCAACCCUGCUCCAACAGCUCCCACCAAAAGUGGUUCUUUGAGGAGAGAAUGAAAUAGUGUGAACCAAGAAUAGAAGGGAUUCUAUAUUUUUUUCAUCCAUUUUGCAAUUAAAUCUGCUCACAUCCUGAAAAGUGAGAUGAGAAAGCAGAUUUAAUUGCAGAAUGGUUUUGGAUAUGUUUGCCUUGCUCUAAAAGGAGCCCAAAGGAGGACGCUUUUGUGCUUCCCUCCGAACUUUAAGCCUUUGCACAUUUUUUUGUGCCAGCUGGAUGAAAUGGACCAAUUGUAAAUUAUACUGAUAAGUGCUUACUUUCUGAAGGACUUUGUACAUAUACGCUAUACGUUUCUGGGACACCGGGGGCUCUCUGGAAUAUGCGUUAUUUUUCUAAUCAAGGAGAUGUUUGAGAAUUAGCGAUAAAAUGCACAACUACACAUGCUGGCAUCAUUUAUUUUUUCACACCACUGCUGCUGCGGUCUUUGAGAGGGAGAUCAAUUGAGCUCCUUUGCUUUACGAAAACAUGGACAGAGGCACACAGAAACAUGUGCAUCCAACAACUGCUUCAAAAAUCUGUCAACAAACUCGGGAGCCUCUUAUGAGCUAGUGGCUGGCAUUACAGUGAUUUUUUUUUCUUUUCUUUUUUCAGAGACACGUCAUGAGGUGUUAUAUGAUGUUUGCGUCUUCUCCUGUAGAGGGGGCCAACGCUCCUCUCUGGGCAUUCUCCUCUUACAUCGUGUUCUCUGUUUGUGUGAGAAAGUGGGACGAACCUUCAGGUAUUUUAUUAGGAACCUUUUCAGGACAUUGUGAGUGCUUUCUACUCCUACAUAGCGGUGGCUAAGGAAGAAAAAAAAAAAAAGCUCCAGAUGACAGGCAUUAUGUAAGUACUUAGGACCUCUUCAGCUUAAUCACCUAACUACUGAUUACAGGAGAAACUCCCGUCUUGCUCUGUUCUGCUUUGAAUACAAUAGUUUUGAAAUUUAACUGAGGUGAAAUGGUUAUUUUGCCAGCUUUUGUAGUCAGUUUUGUACUUUUUUCCCCAAUAUUAUGUAAGUCUACUUCGUGCUCUUGAAGUAGUAUGCAGCUUGAGAAGACUCAAUCAGCCAUAUUUCAUGGAUUUGUUUCACGUGGGUUUGUUUUAAAAUGAUGUAUUUUCUAGAUUGAACUUAUUUUAAAGAUUCUCUACACACAUAUCACACUGAAAUCGUAAAAAUAGGAUCUACUUUCUUGUUAUAAUUGCCCACGUGGAACCCAUAGAAAAUGCCUAAUAUAUAUAUUUUUAAAAAGUAUAUAUUAUAAUGUAAUUCUGGGAAUGGGAAGAAUGCUCUGAAUGUAUGUACUCGCACCGUGAGACAGGACGAUUGCAGUUGUUAGGGUGGUGACAAAGUGUCUGCAUACGUAAGCACAGGCAUGGAGGCGUCGCCCUGGGAGUAUGUAUCUUAGUCUGGUGGGUUGCACCGCUUCGUGCGCGCUGCCUCUGUGCUCAUCCGUUACAAACAGACAACUAUAGAUCCGAGCUCGAGCCGCGGUCACUUGUGUGGCGGUCCCUCAGGCUACGCAACGGGACUGAGGGGAAACACAGCGGAGGAGCAGACAGUUGUUGGUGUCUCCAGAGUGCUGGGAUGCCAGAUGGCUUCCUGAUUGAUUUUUCUGGUCCUUUCCCAAUUCUUUUAUCACCCCCCCUUUUUUUUCCAUUUCUGUGUCAGAGUUGUGCGGUGGAGGACUUAUCUUUUGGACCCGCGCCAGCCAAAUCCUCCUCCGAUGAGCACUUGUAUACUCAUGCGCUUGAGGUUUGAUUCAUGAACGGAAGUCGUCAAGAGUACAGUUUUUGACAGCAGGAGCAGAUAAUGGAGGAGACUGAAUGAAGCAAUUUGUGACCUCUUCCUUACCAUUAACCUUGACAGGCUGUUGGCCCGGCGGUCUCAAAGGAGUUCUGUUUGGAAUGGAUUUGAGGGGACGAUCGUGCUGAAAUAGAUUUUUUUUGCAAUUGAUUCUGAAUGUAUGCUCAGAAAAGGAUAAGUGGGAGAUAGAAAAAGCAGAAAAUACAUUCCAGACAUUUUGGAAUAUAGACAUAAUUCCUGGGUUGAAGUUUCUAGUAGUUCCUGGAGGCUUUUCGUUAGGAUUAUGGGAACAAGGGGAGAAGUGAAAUGGACUGAAGGACCAAUAGGAAGAUUAUGGUCAGCUUGUGUUUGUGUUGGGUGGUCUUCAUAUCAGAGCCCUGUAUGCCUCAGAACAGUAACAGGUAGAGACAGUUUACACGGAGUUCACGGUCCCCUUAGCUUCCCACGAAGCCUUCCGCGUGCAUCAUCCAUGACACGCCACAUUCACCAGGAUCAGGUGAAAUUGCCCUUUUAAUAGCGUGCUCAUGCUUUAUGUAUCGAACACUUAAGAAGUGACAGCUUUUCCAUUUCCGCCAGUUUAUGUCUUGAGCCUGAGUGCGGUAUAAAUAUUCUAUCCUGUUAUUAAAAGGGGUUAUUUAUUGUUCCCCGCGGCCAUCUGUUAUUCCAGCCAUGUCUUACAUAGUAAAGCAUUUUUACUGUGGCGUUAUUUUCUAUGCUAAUUUGAUAUGGUGCACGUUGCAGGAAUGAAAUAGAUAUUUGCCGGUUUGGGAUCUUAUCUCUGCGGCGGGCUAUGCAGAGUUUCCAUUCCAUCCAAAACCUGUCGUAAACACAGAUUUUCCAGGGAUCUGUCGAAGCAGUUGAUCUUGCAAAGCGGUGAAUCGUAUUGUCAACCAACCCUAAUGGACCAUGAAGCGAUGUUUUUGAAAAAGCUCGUUGAUGUCUUCUGUUUGUCAUGGUAAACAAUUCCCAGUGGAGACGCUAUGAUUAUUUAAGAGGUAAACAAACAAUAAUGCUGGAAUUCAACACCGUGUCUGGUGUGGUAAUGCUGUCACUAACUCCAGUGGCCUUUUUGUUGUAAUUAGGAAAGUGAAAGCUGUAAUUAACAUAAUUUUUUUUUCUAUAUUUGUAAGUAAUGUCACAUGUUUACUGUAUGUCUUGUGUUUGUAAUAUUGUCUAUCAUUAUUUAAAAAAAAAAAAACUGAAAAUAUUUUUCAUCUGUGUGCUGAUCGCCUUUGCUUAUCAAUUAAAGUGUGACUCAUCUUCA